GCGUAGCGCGUCAUAUCUUGUUUGUUUUGGUUCAGCAUUCGAGUAGAUUGUUUGUGUUCAUUAUAGAGUUUCGCACUAGCAUUCAACUGAACGUUCCCAGCUAGUUCGUUACAAUGAGUGCUACUCCACAACGAUUGACACCCAAGAUCUGGAAACGCGAUGAGAUUCUAACGUUCCUGGACAUUUUCGAGAGCACCUUUCACGCUUCCGUUUCCGAACCCUUCGAUUCCGAAUCAGAUAUGUGGCAGUGCGUUUCGGAUAAGCUGCUCGCAGAGGGAGGUUACACGGCAUCGGCUCGGCACUGUCAGAGCAAGUGGAACUUUCUGUACAAAACGUACGUCAACAGUCAGAGUCAGCAAGGUGCUUUUUACGCGAAGAUUAGACAAAUUGUGGAGUACUCACAGCAGGUUAACUCAAAUACCGAAGAUAAAUCCACCAACGAAGCCACAGCGGAAACAAAUGAACAGAUUGAAGAACUUGGUCACGAGCCUGACAGCGAGGUGCAGGGUGAAGUUGAAGCGCUGGAAGAAAACGAACCAAUCGACACGAUUGAGUACAGUUCUUUGAAGGUAGAAAAAUCUCCCCAAAAGCUAGAGAAACCACUGGAACAAUGCUAUGAAGAGGAACAACCUGCAAAAAGACUGAAGCUCGAACAGCAAGCUCCCGUUACGGAUGAUGAAGUACAACUAGAGCAAACACAGGAGGUUGAAGAACCACCACAACAACAACAGCAACAACCCAAUCGGGAAGAAACCACCACCGCCGUCGUAGAUUUGAGUUCAGUUUUGCAAGGUAUCGUUAGCAAAAUAGACGCAAUUCACGAGGAGCAACUCAGUCAGGGACGCCGGCUAGAGUGGAUGGAACGGCUGCAGCUGGAGAAUAGACAGACAUUGUUGGAGAUUAAAAACCACUUGAAAAUGAAAUAAAUAGAACCGUUUGCGAG